CUCGGCGGAGUGCGAAGUGCUGUUAAGAAUAUUUGGGCGCGCUCUGCCAGCUGACAAACCACCAGUUUCAUGGUCCGAGGUACUGAUCAGAAUUCCGGGGGUAGAAUCUUGCUCGAGGAAUUCCAACACAGCGGCAAAGGCUCUAUCAAAGGCAACGACCUCGUGGACUUGGGCAGCAGGAUCAUUUCCAUGGCCGGCAUGGUCAAUACGGGAACCUUCAAUCAUGAUGAAGAAACCUUGGUUGCUAUCACGGGUGGCAUCGCUCAAUGCUUUCAACGCGGUACGCGUCAUCUCUUCAAGGGAAGGGUACACGUUAUUCUGAUAUCGACGGUCAAUCUCAAAGGGGAUGUUGUUAUCAGCGAAGAGCCCGAGUAGAGGGAGCUUGGCAGCAGCUCCUCCCUUCAAACCAUCAAAUCCCCUACGAUCACCAACAUAUGAGAAGCCUUUGGACUUGGCAAGUUUGAUAAUGUCCUUGUUGUCAUCACGGCAGCCUCCGUUGCUGCCUGGAAGGAAAUGGCAUCUCCCUCCUCCUAGAAGAAGGUCAAGUUGGCGGCCCAAUGGGUGGUGUUCUCCGAUUUCCUGCUCUGCAAUCAAAUCCUCGUAGGAGCGGGAGUUGGCAUGAGCAGCAAAAACUGCAGGGGUUGCAUCGGUAAUUCUAGUAGUAGCAACCAGACCAGUCUUAUAUCCGGCAGCCUUUGCACCUUCUAGGACGGUGCCACAAGGGGUGUGGUCAGGCAGGACAGCGAUAGCACCGUUGUAGGUCUUCUUUCCACAAGAAAAUGCAGUGGCACCAGCCGCAGAGUCAGUGAUUGGACUAUUGGAGGAUCUGGUACGCGACUGGCCGAUCAGGUGGCCGUCUAAAUAGAGGACGCUCUCGGUGCCAGUCUGCCACUUGCGGAAGGCUCGAGCCAUGUCGACACUUUGAGGGCCCAUUCCAUCGGAAACCAUGAGGAUGACGUUUCGCUUUCCAGCUGGUAUAUCCCUGCGCUGCUGUUCACCGACAGACUCUGAUGCCUGAGCCUGGGGUAAAACUGCCAUCACGGUGACAAUGGCAAUUGCAGCAGCAGCGGCAGUCUGUGACCAGGUAAAGCGCCCGGGGCGACGCGGGGAGUGUUGAUUGGGCGCCAUUCUGUAAGGGAACUGCUGGUCUGGGGAUCUCCGAAAGAGAAAAGUCAUAGAGUAGGUGAAUGCUGGAAGGCGGCACACUCAAGAUGCUGUAGUCGACUCAUUGUUGUAUUCCAAGGAGGGUGAGGAUAUGAUAGAGCUUUAUAUACUCAUGUAUUUCCACAGUUCCCAGGCUGGUCCAUUCUGCCAAUGGAGGACUAGGGUCCCUUGAUGAUAGACCUUGUCUAUCACAAGUCCACGUGCAGCAAUAAUCCCUCGAUUGUUGACUCUUCAGCAACAGUAUUAAUUUGAAAGACAAGGCAGAUUCUGCUUGCUGCCAGUAGCGGUGGACAUGGUUACUGAACAAGACAAUGCCCUCUUCGAAUUCUGUAUCUCCGGUCUCCAAGGCAUACUUACGUGGAUAAUACCCUGCCAUUCAUCAAUACUCUUUAGGCUUUCCAAGGAAAAAAGGAGGGGUACUAUUCGCGCCUAGGCCGGGCAAAGCUCCCUUCUAUGGAAUGAGACAUAGACCAUGACCACAACUCCUUAGAGAUGCCGAGUCUUGCAGGGAGAGUGAAUGGUGUUACUUAGGGCCUAUGAACUGAUUGACGGCUGCCAUGAAGGAGAUUGAUGAGCGCUUCGUCCUCGGCUCAAGAACAGUUCUCCGCCCUUGGCGCGCUGGAUCCAUCUUGUGGGGAGCUCUUGCGUAUAUCGCGGCCAUAGACGGGCAGAGCAACCAAAUAUGCUCCACACGCCUAUUUUACCACCUCAUGGCGUCUACCAACACCGCGACUGGCGCUGGGCUUCUGACUUGUAAGACAUCUCGCGCUGACUAGGGGGAGAUCUCCCGAACUUAUUCUCGGUCCAUUUCUGACGAGGUUGAUAUCCCUGUUGCUUGGGUCGCGGACCUUCGUUAGUGCUGGCUUGGAACUCCGGGCCUAGAAAAUUCCUUACAGGGUUGCACGUCUGAGACUGUGAGUGAUAAUUUCCGGGUUCUUAGCACCAAACUGCAGCAAUGCACACGAUGGCGAGGGAAGGGCCUAUGUAUGGACAUGCCUUUGAAUGGACACGAAGAUGCGAUGAGGUUGAAAAUGACGUUGGGUUAAAGUGGAUAGUCGAUGGUUAUUAUGACGUAAUCACUCGCGUUGGGCCUGAGCUCCAGCAGCUCCCAACCUCCAAAACAUCAAAACAUUCAAAAGGUCGAAAUCUUCAUCAUCACCACUGAAUAUCCGGAGCGACGGAAGCCAAAAGGACAGAGUGCUGCCGGGGCUAUGGACCUGGCCCUUGAGCAUGCCGCAGACCUGUACGCCUAACAACCGGCCUUGUCGGCACAAUGUGGGUUUCGUGCUAAAUGAAUGCUAAGGCGCCCAAGAGCUCGCUAGCUGACAGUUAUUUCUUCAAUAGCUCCGACAGGCCACGUAUAUUGUUCCCAGCACCGGCCAGCGUGUACACGGCAUCCCUAAUCUAUCGGCCGGACAUGACGGGGACGAUGAACACACUCCAUUGCUGCAGAGGAGCCCUCGCGCUGAAGAUGACAGACCGGAGCGUGCGGGUUGGAUGCACCAGGCAACGGCGACAGCUGGCAGGUUGCGUUCGUUUAUGCAGUCAGAGACAGGAAAAGGCAUUUUGAAGUGCAGUCUCGCGUACCUAUUGGGUUCGAUGGCGACGUUUGUCCCAGUGCUUUAUCGAUUUCUAGGCGACCAGUCUGGUAAGCAUACUGUUGCGACUGUCACCGUAUACUUCCACCCGGCCCGAACAAAAGGUAGCAUGAUGGAGGCAUUCGUACUGGCUCUCAUCGCCUUUUGCUAUGCUGCCUUUAUCUCGAUCACCAGUAUGGGUGUUUCGGUGGUCUUUCAGGACGGGCUCCACAUGCUUCCCCUCGGUCAUGUUAUCAUCUUGAUCGUCUUCUGCGGCGGUGGCCUCGGCUUCAUUGGAUGGGUAAAACAGAGACGAGGUGACCCGCUGGUCAAUGUCGCAUGCUCACUUGCUUCUCUAGCAAUCAUCACUGUCAUGACGAAGGAGGGAUCUGUGCAGCGAGGUGACCUGUCUUUUGCUAAAAUCAACCAGGUCUUCAAAAUGGUUGUCAUGGGAGUUGUGGCGACAAUGACAGUUUGUUUUGUAGUAUUUCCUAUCUCUGCAAAGAAGAAACUACGCCAGAAUAUGGUUGACAUGACAGACUCCCUCUCUGAUAUGCUGGAGAUCAUUACGGAGAGUUUUAUAUAUGGCGCAUCAGGGCUUGAGAGCAGCCUUGAACAACGACCUUUCCUUGACGCGUCAUGCAAGAACAAAGCUGCAUACUCGAAGAUGGAAAAACUUCUUAAAGAAGCUAAGUUUGAGCACUAUGUUGCCGGCACUGAGGCAGAAUACCGGCUUGAGAAAAAAUUAGUCCGUUGCAUCCAGGACAUAUCCCAGAGUAUCGGUGGACUUCGAAGUGCUGCAGCCCUUCAAUUCAAUAUCCUGAACCAAUUCCAACAGCCGCAACAGGAUAUAAAUACCUUUGACACAUUGCGAUUGCUACACAAUGGAUCUCCUCUCCGUCUACUCGACAGGCCACUUACGUCUAUUCGUUCAGAUGGCCUCCAGUCUCCACCGUCUGGUGCUACAACAAUACGCUCUCCUGGAUGUCCUCAAACAGCAAACACACCUACAGAGUUUGUUCAAGCCCCCGCAGACAUGUUUGAAAGGUUCAUUACUCACCUUGGACCUUCAAUGGUAUUUACUGAACCCUUUCUUAUAUUAUAAAUGCUAGAACGCAAUGCGACUAACCAUAGCACAUUAUAGAACUCUUUGGCAUAUACCCUAAAGGAAAUUCUAGGAGAACUCCCUUAUGGCCCAGCCCCGGAUUAUAAAGUUACGGUUAAUAAUAAAUUUCGAACAAGCCUUGAGCGCGCACUUGACCUAUACCGGCACGCUAGAAAUGAUGCUUUGAAUAUAAUAUAUAGCCAAAAGGAUUUAAUACUUGCUAAGGGAAAGCCACUUGGAGUUGAGGCGGACUUAGAAGAAGUUGCAGCUAGCUGUGGUCAUUUCAGUUUCUCUCUCCUAGAGUUCGGCGAACAGCUUAAAGAGUUUCUCAGCAUUCUUGAUCAACUUCAAUUAGAAGCUGACGAGCGCCCUAAUGGAAGAACAUGGCGUUGGAUCAUGCCAUGGACUUCGGAUCGGGAACAAGAUGAAAAUAUAGGAUCACUUGAUUCUGGUUUGUUCCCUCUAAUAUCACCUAUAUGCACUGCCUUGUUUCCUAGCCAACUAACUUGUGCGUAGUAGACCCAUUGGAAGACAAAAAUAAAAAGGAUAAAGCAAUUGACGGCCCUUUCGCCAAGACCACUCUCAGGUACAGGCUUUGGAAGGCACUGCAUGUUUUUCGACGUGAUGACACGAAAUUUGCUAUUAAAGUCGGUGCCGGCGCUGCCAUAUAUGCGCUGCCCUCAUUCAUGCCCGAAACCAGGCCAAUAUACUCUGCCUGGAGAGGGGAGUGGGGUUUAGUAUCUUACAUGCUUGUAUGCUCAAUGACAAUAGGGGCAUCGAAUACCACUGGCUACGCUAGGUUUCUUGGCACAUGCAUCGGAGCCAUUUGCGCCCUUGCUAGUUGGUAUGUUGCAGAAGCGAAUGUCAUCUUCCUUGCUCUAUUCGGAUGGGUAAUGUCUUUUUGCACUGCAUAUAUCACGAUAGCUCGAGGCAAUGGCCCUAUGGGGAGGUUCAUCAUGCUUACCUAUAACCUUGUUGUCCUCUAUGCAUAUGCGUUAGCUAAAGAGGGCGCUGACGACGGCGUGGACGAAGGAGGCGAAGAUCCUGUGAUUACUGAUAUCACUCUUCACAGAGUGGUUGCUGUGUUUGUCGGUAUACUGUGGGGCAUCAUAAUCACCAGGAUUAUUUGGCCGUCCAGUGCAAAACGGAAACUCAAGGACGGUUUGAGCGUAUUUUGGCUUCGUCUCAGUGUCGUCUGGAAACGUGACCCGCUUUCUACCAUGAUUCAGGGAGGACCGGCAUCUCCUUAUUUUGACGUGCGGGAAAGGAUCAAGCUACAGCUCUUCCUGAACCACCUAGACUCGCUUUUGGUGUCAGCAAGGUCAGAAUUUUCGUUAAAGAGGCCAUUUCCUGAUGCCGAAUAUAAGGUUCUUGUUUCCGGGUCUAGAAGGCUGCUUGAUGCUUUUCAGGCCAUGAAUCUUGAGAUAAUGAAGAAUCUUACUGCUUCCGAAGGUGAAGCGGCAAUGUUGAGAUACACUUUGCGGGAAAGGAUGCAAUUAUCUGCUAGAAUAAGCCAUUUGUUAUCAGGUAUUUACCAUCUUUACGUUUAUGCCGAACUAUUUUCUGGCCGAUAAUUGGGAAUCUAACGUAACAAUAGUUAUGGCAUCUUCAAUGAAACUGGGAUAUGCGUUGAAUGAGGUUCUUCCAGACACCGAACAUGCUCGAGAUCGACUUUUGGCCCGUCUCCAUCAUUUCAGGAAUGAUAAACAGGCGUCUCGAUUGACUACGGAUGAAGACUAUGCUCUUCUAUAUGCAUAUGCACUCGUUACUGCUCAACUAUCAAAGGAGAUUGUGGUAUUAAUGCAAGGCGUAAGAAAGCUCUUUGGAGUUAUUGAUGAGGAUGCUAUUACUCUUCAGUGAUGGUUCGGUCUCUCGUUCCACGUUUACUGUUUGACUAUAUACCCCCUACUGCAAGUUCCUACUUUAUUUCUUUGCGAACAUACAUUCCCAUUCUUGCCAUUCUUUGCGGUCAAUCAAUGCCGUCUUCUCCCUAGCUUCUAUGAAACUUAUCAAAUAUCAUAACGGUAGUUAAUAUAAACUGAAAGAUUUGUACAUAGCAAAAAACUUAAGAGCCGAAAACCCCCCGGCCCUGUAGUCUUAUCCCAGGAUCAACAGCACA